AGCAGCAGGAUGAUGAGGAUGAGGAUGAGUAUGAGCGCGUCCACGGUCAGCAACAGCAACUGCAACAGCAGCAGCAUGCGCAGGAGCAAGAGCCUCGUCAACAUUAUGAAGAGGGAGAACUUCGUCAACGACGGCCAGAGGAAACGUAUUUCGAGAGAGUAUUUAAAAUUCAGCACGAAAACAUGCAGAGAAUCCAGGAGAACGACAAAAGAAUCAAGAUGCAUAUGGACAAUGUGAAAAUACAGAAGCGGAUACACAAGCUAAUGCAGCUACAACAGCAACUCGAAGAAAUGGAGCCCAUCCCCUAUACACCGCACAAGCCUAGAAACUAUCAGUUUGCUCAUACAAGGAAUGAUCGAAUAGGUUCGCAGUACAUCGAUGAGCUGCGCCCGAUGAGUACAGCCAGCUAUACACAUCCCAUAUAUUGUGCGCGCUUCAAGCAUACACUAUCCGAUUUUGAGCCAUAUACCCCAGCGCACGCGGACUCUGACAAUGGGGAUAUGAUUGCCAAGAAUUACAGCAAAUCUAUGGACAACAUACAUCGGAAUAGACCUGUCCAUCAAGAGCUAAACUCGGCUGUUAGAGAAACGAACAGGGAGUCUGCCAUGUAUAAAUUAUGUAAAGGACUCUUGGAAGUCAGAAAUAAGAGUACCAAGUAUUAAUGGCACUCUGCCCUCGACUAGCGAUUUUAUAUGUCUCGUCUAUGUGAAGCACUGUUAGCACGCUUUUAAAUUAUAAGACACUGCGCAAACACACAAACUACAUUGCAAGAAAACACUCGUGUAAUUCCAAACUACUUAUUAAAGUGGCUUACAGCUCCUAAUAUCGCGUGAAA